UGAACCGUGGACGUUCUGCAUUCGCUCAUCUUUACGACAUACAAUUCUAAGCUCCCCUGCGCUGCGACUGCAAUAUCAACUAACCCUCAAACGAUACAAUGCCCUCUCAGCAGAAGACCGUUUUCGAGAGUGCAGAUUCCAUAGGCGAAGGCGACUCGUUCCUCGUCCCGGACUUCCUUCCACCCGAGUUAUCAGAACAUGCCUUCCAAUGUGUUCGAGAUGAAGUGAAGUGGCAUCGGAUGGUUCAUAGAGGCGGCGAGGUUCCACGAUUGGUUGCAGUGCAGGGUUUCGUCCACGAAGAUGGCAGUUAUCCUAUCUACCGCCACCCAGCAGACGAGUCUCCGCCCCUCCUCCCCUUCUCACCCACCGUAGAACUUAUUCGACAGCACGUCGAAGAAACCCUCCACCACCCCGUCAACCACGUGUUGAUCCAGCACUACCGCACCGGUGCCGACUACAUCUCCGAGCACUCCGACAAGACGAUCGACGUCGUGCGCGGGUCCAACAUCGUCAACGUCAGUCUCGGCGCACGACGUGUCAUGACCCUGCGCACCAAGAAGGACGCUCACCGCGCGUCCGCCGACGCGAGCGAGGGCCGCGCGUCGCAGCGCAUCCCGCUCCCGCACAACUCGAUGUUCGUCAUGGGUCUAGAGACGAACAUGCGCUGGCUGCACGGCAUCCGCACGGACAAGCGGCCUGAGAAGACCAAGUCGGCGGAGGAGCGGUUCGCGAACGGGGAGCGCAUCAGCCUGACGUUCCGCCACAUCGGCACCUUCCUGACACUCGGGGACACGCACAUCUACGGGCAGGGCGCGCGCGGGAAGACGCGAGAGGGCGCGCAGCCGGUGGUGCGCGGCGGGAGUGAGGCCCAGGCGCUGAUCGACGCGUUCGGGAGAGAGAACCACUCGAGCGAGUUUGACUGGGAUGCGGCUUAUGGGGUUGGAUCGGACGUGCUCCAUUUCAGUGAACGCGCAGAUGCGUUGUAACGUUCGCCGCUGUCUGAAUGGACUGUGUGCAAGGUGAAGGUCGCGUGGUGAAGAGCCUUGUCACAAAUGUGUGUGGCACCACGGC